CAUUUAUCUCUUUCUCCAUUUCUUCCAUUGUCAUCCAAAACAUAAUCCACAUCAGUUUAUGGAAGAUCAGUUUCCUAAAUUAAAAACCUUCUUCCCCAAGGAAUGGUCACCUUCUGCCUAUGGCUUAAUGGGAUCAAAAUCUUUGUCCAAUCCAAUCAUUUGGGAUGCUCUAUCAGGGACUGUAUGUCCCGAAGAUGGCAGUGUGGGAAGUUUCAAGCUUUUUAAACCAUCCUCCUCGCCAUCAUCACCAGAUAGGCUGCUUUCGAGUUCGAGCUCAAGUUCUUCAGCAGAUCAUGAUAAGGUGGCUGCAGGUGCCAGUUUGGUGAAUAACAUUUCUGGAUUCAUUAAACAGGAAGGUCUGUCAGGAUUCUGUUCUAUUCCUGAUGUGGUUUCUCUGAACUUCCUUGAAUCUUUUCCCGAGCUAAAUCAGCCUGCUCAGGUUUCUGAGCCGCCUUCUCCUCCUUCUUCAUUGUCAAAAUUCCCCAACUUGACUCUGUUUUUGCCUGAACCUGCCAUGUUUCAUCCUUCAAUACAGAGUGAAAGGCUAGCUCCGUCUCAAAAUCUCACAUUUCAAAUAUCCGAAACAGGGCAACAGGGCAACCAAUGGCACCACAUCAUCAGUCAGAAUUCUUGGAAUUUUCCAUCCAAGACUUUGAACAACCAUUUGCUUGGGGUCACCAAGACACAGCCAAUGAAGUACACAGGGAGAAGACUGCAGAACCAACAUGAAAAGGGCAGCUCUUUCUUGGCGCCUAGAAAGCUGUUCAGAGGGGUGAGGCAGAGGCAUUGGGGGAAAUGGGUGGCAGAGAUACGACUUCCAAGGAACAGGACAAGGGUUUGGUUGGGGACAUUUGACACCGCAGAGGAGGCCGCCAUGGCUUAUGACACGGCGGCCUACAUUCUCCGUGGGGACUUUGCAAACCUGAAUUUCCCAGAUCUUAAGCACCAACUCAAGGCCAAUUCUCUCAGCAGCACCACAGCCGCCCUUCUUAAAGCCAAGUUGCAAGCAAUUUCAGAGGGCAUUUCUACUGCCAAGAAGACAAAUUCUGACGAUCCACCAGCGGUUGAGAAACUCAAAGAUCUGAACCACAACUCAGCACAAAGAGGGGAUGAGGAGGUGAAUGAGAAUAGCAAGAUUCAGGAAGUAAUAUCAGAUGUGGAUCCUGUACAGUUGAGUAGAAUGCCUUCCUUAGACAUGGACAUAAUCUGGGAUGCUCUUUUAGUUUCAGAUUCAUGACUUGUACAUUUUUUUCUUUCUCAUAUUUUGAAUCAAAUGGAGUGAUUUUGCAUUCUGAUUCGAUGUUCAAUUCUCUGUAUAAUGCUUCUGGCUUAAUUUUUAGAGCUAUUUGAUUAAUUAAUUAAAAUUUCCUUU